UGCAAAUCCGCAGUUCCAUUGAACGCGAAGGAGAAAAUAUUCGAGGAUACAUGGAGGAUCCGACGAGGUGCACGGUGUUACAAGCUCGCAGCUGGGUAUACCUGGCUGCUCAGGUAGGUAAGUACCGUUCGUCGAGCUACCUUCGACGGCAGUCACGCCACAACCUUCGUCGCGUCAGGUGCGCACGGCUCUCCGGGACAAACGGGACUCUCCAUCGCCGGCCACCACCGUCAACGUUCUUCCUUUCUUCAUUGCUGGUCUCCAGGAGGAGUAGAAGGCGAAUAUGUGGCUGCCAAAGAUCUGUACCCUGUUGAUCUUAUUGGCCUCGACGAGAUGCGAGAAAGAGGACGACGAAGACGCUUCGACGGUGUUCAUCGAAGCGGCGAAAACCUUUUUCUCGAACAAAGACAACCUCAACGGACUCCAGGGCUUGGCCAAAGCUUUUCUCCAGUCUGAUAGCAGAGGAGAGAGCGGCGAUAUGUUCAGUUCAACGUCUAAUUUAGACAGCGUCGGCCAGAUUGUCUCAGGAAUCGGGAGCUUAUUCUCUAACGGGCAGAAUAAUCAAGGGAUCGACUUCUCGAUGCUCGGAUCUGUCCUCGACGGCGUAAUGAACUCGAAGAAAAACAGCAAAAGAACGAGCAGGAGUGUCGAAACGAAGCAACGGCCUAGCAUCGAUCUCGAAGGGAUCUUGAACGUGGGAAGCAUGUUCAUGAGUCAAAGCGGAAACUCCGACUUGGUGAUGGGCCUGUUGCCGAUGUUACUGUCAAAAUUAGGCGGAGAGAGCAACGAGAUGGACGAUACGCCCGAUAAAAUGCACGACCACUCGGGACACUCUUGGUACAUGCCGCCAAUUCUUGAAAAUUUGCACGUGAUGUGGGAUCACUUCAGUAAUUCAGAGCUGGGCCAGACGCUGUGGAGAAAGAGCGGUCUGGCAGACUUCGUCGGGCAAAUGUCCGACCCCGAGGGACGUAUUCGCUACGAGAAACUGCUGGACAGUUUCGAGAAGCCUGCUGUACGUCGUGCGUGGAUCAGAUCGUUGACCAAUUACAUCGGAGAAUGGAUCUCUCACGUCUCCGAUCCACAGAUCCAGCAACGUUACCUAAACACCGUUCAAUUCGUCGGAAACAGCUUCCUCAAGUCGCAAGGUUUCCCUAAAGCGGCAAUGUUCGACUCGAUGAGACCUGUGGAAAGUCUCUCCAGAUUAGUGAACGCAAUGGGAAAGAGGCAUUUGGGGAUGAAAAUGGACAGUUCGCAGUACAUCAAGCCGGCGGUGUCAUACGUGAAAGAAUUAAUCGCGCUGGCGUCAGAGAAAGGAUUUAUCAUGUCUCGAGUGAACGCCAGGGAAAUCAGUAACAGGCUCAGCGACAUGAUCAACAACGACAUCGUUAAUCCUAUAUUGAAGUCUUUUCGAGCGUACAAAUGGGCAAUCAAGAGGCCAGAAUGCGCGAGUCAGGUUCUGUGUACGAUAAACGAGAAGAACGAGCAAGAUAAGGAUCAGCCGCUUCUGCGAAGUGGUUUACUGAAAAUUACUAGCUUCCCCGCCGCUUGGGCCGUCAGCAAUUCGUUAGGAAGCAAUUUCUGGACUGUUUACGGGGCCAUCAUGGAGCACGACGGAUGUAUCCUAAAAUAUCCAGCCGACUGCACAGACUUUCACGAAGAGGAGGUUCGAAUCACGACGGAGAACGUUCACAGUGAACUUUGA